AAAAUUCAAUCGAUUUAAAUUUCUAAUUAAAAGUAUGACAAGAAAAAUAAUACAAAUAUUGACAAUCACACAACAAAUUACACAAACAAUUUUCUAGAUAAGUAUUCAAUCGAAAUUGAUAAUUUCUAUCGAUUCAAUCCAACAAAGAACUCGUGAAUGUUCUUAUAAAAUGAAAAUCAGUACGGUUUGAAUCAACGGAGAAUUCGAACUCCAAUUACUUGAACUCUCAAUUCAACACUGAUGUUUUUUCAUAUGAUAGAACUAACUUUGCAAAACAGGAUGAAUGAAGUCAAGAAACUUUACGAGUCGUUGAGUUUAAUAGGAUCUCUGUCGCUGGCAAUUUCACUCCCAUGGAUCAUCUACAAAGCCUUGCACUUGCAGAGAAGUCUAAACAACCUCUUCGGAAAGGUCGUUGUAAUAACAGGAGCCAGCUCGGGCUUGGGCGAAGCCCUAGCACACGAGUUCUACAUGAAGGGCUGCCAGGUGGUCUUGUGCGCUAGAAGACGACAGGAACUAGAUAGAGUUAGAACGGAUUUAAUGCAUUCACACAGUACAGUCCAAACUCACCCGCCUAUCAUCAUCCCCUUAGAUCUUGCAGACCUCGACAAUCUAGUAGAAAACCUUAAAAAAAUCAUAACAGUAACUGGUAAAGUAGAUAUCUUAAUAAACAAUGGUGGAGUAUCUCACAGGGGUAAUGUACUCUCUACAAACAUAGAUGUUGACAUGAAGAUUAUGAUGGUUAAUUAUUUCGGAACUGUUGCACUAACUAAAGCGGUCUUGCCGGAUAUGGUGAAGAGAAAUGAGGGACACAUUGUGUUCAUAAGUUCCGUGCAAGGUUUAAUCGCAUUGCCGGAGAGGUCUGCGUACAGUGCUUCGAAGCACGCCGUGCAAGCCUUCGGGGACUCCUUGAGGGCCGAAGUGGCCGAUAAUAAUAUUUCUGUGUCUGUUAUCAGUCCAGGUUAUAUUCAAACGAACCUGUCUUUGAACGCUUUAACAGGAUCGGGGGAUAGUUAUGGCCAAAUGGAUGAUUCCACUAAGAGUGGCUACACCCCCGAGUACGUGGCGAAGAAAAUCGUAAAAGCCGUGGCGCAGAAGAAGAAAGAAAUGAUUAUAUCGAGUAUGUUACCGAAAAUCGCGAUUUUCUUAAGGAAGUACCUGCCUUCGUUGUACUUCUUCGCUAUGGCUAGAAGAGCUAAGAAAUCGUCAUUGAAAUAAGUUAUAAAUAGUAAUUUACUUAUAUUUAUUGGUCCGUGUAUUGUUAAUGUUUACUUUUACUGUUUUGUGAAUUAACAUUUUUUGAAUACAAAAUAGUUUUUUUAUUAUACACGUCAUCAGAUCGAGUUGUUUUGAGAAGGCACAAUAAAAUUACCAAAUCAAAGAUUUGUUACAAGAUCAAUUAAAAAAAAAAAUGAAUCACAUAAAGAUAGUUUUAUUUUG